ACUGGGUUUGUGGUGACCUCAUUGCCUAGGGUUAAUUUUCAGGGUGAAAAUUAUUAUAUGGUAAUCUUUAAGGUACCAAUCAGCCAUGAGACUUUGGGCACAGCAACGCCUUGCAACGAUGGGCUGCUAGCUGGAGGAUUUGCAUGUCAAGGAUUGGUAUCUCUUACAAGGACAUUCAUCUCCGAGGCCAUGCAUCAGGGAUCCAUGUAUGCAUAGGGUACUUGACUUAUGCCAUGUUGUCUACAAUUAGGAUGUAUGUAUUAAUUCGCGUAAAGCAGGUCCAUCUGUGCAUAACCUAUAUAUGGGCGGUCUGACGCGGAAGCGGGUCUUUCUCCCUACCAAGGUUUGCGGUGUGACCGGAAUACACCCCGUAUGUCACUAGCGUAUGAUUUCCAGGUGGCUCCCCUCAACUUGUGUCUGGUAUGUACUUGUGACAGUUGUAAAUGUUCACAAUAAUAGGAAUGUGAACAAUCGUAACGGCGUAUCCUUUGGUUGUGGCUCAUGCGUCGCAUAUAAAUGCCAGUUUGCACCAAGUCUUAGCCUCUUAUUCAAAUGUCAUAGACUUAUAAGUCAAGUGAUAAUAGUCAUGACAUUAACCUUCAUAACUCCUUGCUUUUCAAGCUCAGGUGCCAGUUGUCGCUAACUAACUCCCAUGCACAUUCUUCAAAUCAUUUUGCCCUCGGAGCUUAUGAUAUUUUUUAUUAUUAUAUAAGAUAAUAGCCUGCGGACUGAGAGCAAAGCCAUAGGCUAGAUUAGGCUAACGGAUCAAAGGAGUCAAGCACGAGUUCAUAUGCUAGUACAAUGUAGAAAGCUGGUGGCCAAAUUUUCAGGCACCCACUUAGUUGUACCAAGAUUCCAAUGGCAUAAAUCGUUCGAUCAUUGGUAGUGCCAUACUAUCUCUUUGCUGAUGGCCCCAUCAUACUACGUGCAAAUAUGUGCGUACAUAUUGUUAAAAUAUUUUUUUGACCAUGCAAUGUUGCCCAUUAUCGGCAUUAUAUUUAGCUUUUGUGAUACUUCAAUAUUUAAUUUUUUUGAGGCUCCAAGUUAAUCUACUUUUUAUUUUUCGUUUGUAUGGGUG